AUGAGUCGCGCACCAGCACCUGCCCUACCCCGACGCUCUGCACUUCCCUCUACAACAGGCAGCGGCCGAACGGACGGACAAUGCGCCAUGGCCCUCUCCUCGCUGUCUGCCUGCCUCCCCACUACUGCUACUCCUCCUGCUGCCCCCGCACUUCUUCGCCAAGCUUCAUCACCACACUCUCCUCCUCCUGCUCGCUCCUGCUCGCUCGCUCGCAUACCUGAGACCCUGCGACCUGCGCUGCUGCGAAGUACGAGGUACGCUCGUCGUUCGCUUUCUACCUCCUCCUCCUCUCGCCUGCUCCUGCAGCUCCUCCUCCUCCUCCUCCACCUCCUCCUCUCAUUUCUACAUCGCCUCGUCCUCGACCCUCGCUCUCGCCGUCGCGGCCCUCUCUCGACACAAGACAAACGUCCACGGAGCGUCUUUGGCUCUUUCCUCACCCCCCGCCCCCUCCCUAUGCCUCUACCGCUCGCCCUCCUCGCUCGUCCUCGAGCUGCUGCUGCUGCUGCCGCCUCCGCUGCUCGUCGUCGUACAUUUCACACGCCAGAAAAGUUACAGACAGAGCGACAGACAGACAGACAGAAAGAAAGCGAGCGAGCGCGGGCACGCCGAGACACGCCGGAGCGGAGCGGAGCGGAGACAGGUGGAACAACGGAGUCGGACCCGCGCCAGGACAAAGAUCCAUCGAACGCUCCGAAGUCGGUUCCAACGUCCGCCCCCAGUCCUAGCCUAGCCCGCCCUCGCCCUCCUUCUCCGCGGCCUAAUUCCCUUCCCUUUGCUUCGCCCUCCGCCAAUUUUAGCUAG